AUGAACUGCGGUAACAGAGGUCCCGCCAGCUGGAUUAUUACUGUCCUUCUAUGGGUCCACUUGGUUUCGCUCACAGGAGCUACUCAGACGUACUGCUCCUCGCAGAACACGGGGUCCACCCCUGCCAAUUACGACCUGUACCAAAGCAACGGAUUAUGCUCUGGUCACUGUAGCGGAUACUCGUAUGCGGUUGUUCAGGGCUACGACUGCUGGUGCUCGAAUGACGAACCCACAACGAAAGAUUCCGUCGGAGAUUGCAGCUCUGCUUGUCCCGGCUACGGUUACGAACAGUGCGGGGAAUCAGAUAAAGGACUUUUCGGAUACAUUUAUUUGGGAACCUCUAGCUUAACAACGAGCUCAGGCUCUUCCAGCUCCACCUCCUCGUUCGUUUCAUCAUCAUCAUCAUCAAGUAGCUCAAUUUCUAACAGUCCCUCAAGUUCCUCAAGUUCGUCAAGUUUUCCAAGCACUCUUCCCGUGUCCAGCACUACAUCCUCUUCAAGCUCUUCCCUCUCCGCGUCUGCCUCCCCCAGCUCGAGCUCAACUUCAUCGUUGGCUGGAAGUAGCAGUACGACACCCUCAAGCUCAUCAAAUACGCCCAUCUCAUCGUCUUCAUCAGGCUGGUCAUCUUCUGCUCCCUCUUCGAGCUCGAUGAAGUCCUCAUUAAUAAGCUCCUCGACGGCUGUAUCGAGCUCAGUAAUGUCUAGCUCGAGUUCCUCGACAUCCCUUUCAAGCUCUUCCACAUCUACUUCAAGCUCCUCCACAUCUACUUCAAGCUCUUCCAUUUCUACUGCAAGCGCUUCGACUUCGAGUUCAAGCUCAUCGGCAUCUACUUCAAGCUCAUCGAUACUAUCUGAAAGAACAUCUUCGUCGAGUACAUCAAUGAGUUCUCCAUCAUCAUCCUAUUCUCCCUCAACAUCCUCGGACGGUCUUUUGACAUCUUUGCUUUAUUCUGUGCAGACGGUGACAGCUUCGCCGACAGCUGGGGGAAGUUCGAGCGACUAUGUUCUUACUACUCAAGUCAUUACGACUAUUUACUCUACACCCACCGGCCAAACAUCCUCUGGAACAAACUCUAAUCAUACAAGCCCUCAGAACUCUGGCUCUGAUGCUAAAGGCUUUUGGGCUCCACCCGGUAAAAUAGCUGGAACCUUUGUCGCAGUCGGUGUAGUUGUAGCUUGCCUUGCACUUUUCGUGCUACUAUUUUGGUAUCGCCGCAGGCACCGUAAGGAUGAAGAUUUUGAGAGAAGGUAUAAUGAUGUUGUGGCACCUGUUUGUAGUAAUGCCAGUAUUGGGCCUGCAUCGACGGCAUCGCCAAACGGGUUUAUCUACGCUGAUGAAAAAGGAAUUCAAGGAGCUCCACCCUCUUCAGAGAAGAAUGACAAGCGAAUAUCCCAAACUACAAGUCUUGCAGAUUCUGAAAGUGGAGCUGUACCGGAGGAUGGGCCAGUUGUUGUAGAUCAACGAUUAGACCCACGACAAAUGUUUAUGAUGCAGUGGGAGAAUGGUGGAAGUAAAGUGUCGCUGGCUGACGAUGUUGACUAUUCUAGAAAGGUGUUGCGGGUAAUAAAUGAAUGA